UACUUGCAACAAAGGAACCUCAUGUGGAAGGCGCGUCGUCGUCGUCGAGUCCACUGAUUGCCAUAAACAGAAUUGUUGUUAUUAAUCAACCGUUUUAGUCAUUCACUAGUUCGCCGUAAAGCAUAAUUGCUGCCAUAAAUUUGAAUAAGAUAAAUUAAAUUAAAUGGAGUAAAGAAAGGUCUUUUCUUUAAAACGUGGAAACUUAAGGAUCAGAGCCGAUUCCCUGUGGCUUUGGGGUGGCAUUAAAUUCCGGGGUUUUGCUAAUUGCAACAUUUAUGCGGAAAAGGAAAGGACAUUUUACAUAACUGAGCUACCUGUUCGAAAAUCAAUCGUACAAUUGUUGAAUCCAUACACUCAAUCACAUAAACAAUAAAACAUACAGCAACAAAAAUUGCAUAACCGUCCAUCCAGCUAAAGGCUGAAUCUACCUUUGUGCGCGGCACUGCUUAGUUUUCCUCUUGGAAGUCAUGAAGCUUUUAAUAAAUUUUUAUAAACAACUAUAAAGCAAACAAAAAAAAAAUAUAGCAAAAACCAGGUACGUGAAAAAUAAACACCCGGCCGCCGCUUCAAACAGCAGACCAAAACAAAAACAAAAACCAAAGGAGAAAAGUAGCAAAUAUUUUUAUAAGAAAACAUUGAAGGACUGCCGCUUACUUGGGCAUUGGAUAUUUUUUAGACGGAGCUGAGGAGAUCAAUUAACACGGCGUAGAGGAGACUCGGGUGGUACAAAAUGGGUCGAAAGAAAAUACAGAUAUCACGCAUCACAGAUGAACGUAAUCGACAGGUUACCUUCAACAAACGCAAAUUUGGUGUGAUGAAGAAAGCCUACGAGCUGUCGGUUCUGUGUGAUUGUGAAAUCGCGCUCAUAAUCUUCUCGUCAAGUAAUAAAUUAUAUCAAUAUGCCAGCACCGACAUGGACAAGGUCCUGCUCAAAUACACCGAAUAUAAUGAGCCACACGAAUCACUUACGAAUAAGAAUAUAAUUGAGAAAGAGAAUAAAAAUGGCGUCAUGUCACCGGAUUCACCCGAACAGGAAGCCGAUUUUACACUCACACCCCGCACCGAAGCCAAAUACAAUAAAAUCGACGAGGACUUUCAGCUAAUGAUUCAACGCACUCAAAUGGCCGGCGCGAGCGCAUCCGGGCGCAAUCUCGGCAAUACGAACUACACGCUGCCGGUGUCGGUGCCGGUGCCGGGCGCCUACGGUGAUGCCAUGCUGCAGGCGAGUCCGCAAAUGUCCCACACAAAUAUCAGCCCACGGCCAUCCAGCUCAGAGACCGACUCAGGUGGGAUGUCGUUAAUAAUUUAUCCAUCGGGUUCCAUGUUGGAGAUGUCAAACGGUUAUCCACAUUCACAUUCGCCGCUUGGUGGAUCGCCCAGUCCAGGGCCGAGUCCAGGUUUAGCACAUCACUUGUCCCACAAACAACACUCACCGGGCGGCCAAAAUGGACGCGCUUCCAAUUUACGCCUCGUCUUACCAACGCCACUUGCUCAAAAUAUGUCAGCUACAGAUGAGAUUACCUAUGGAGAUCAGCGACACAAUCAGGCAUCACUCAACACGCCCGUGGUGACGCUGCAAACGCCCAUACCCACCAUGACGGGCUACACGUUUGGACCCCAAGACUUCUCGAUGAGCUCCUCGGAUGUCAUGAGCUUACAGCCGUGGACCACUCAUCAGGGACUCGUGCAGCACUCCGGUCUGCCACACUUGGCCAUACCGAACAGCACACCACCGCCUGCCACCUCGCCAGUCUCGAUCAAAGUCAAAUCCGAGCCACAAUCACCGCCACGCGAUCUCUCCGGUUGCCAUCACCACCAACAGAAUAGCAAUGGCUCGGCGGGCAGCGGCGGCAGUGGGGGCGGUGGCGGCGGUGGCGGUGGUGCGGCGUCUUCAAGCGGCGGCGGCGUUUCCACCUCCAACGCGCUCUCUCUUGCCCAUAUGAAUGCGACGGCGGUGAUAGCUGGCGGCGGCGGCGGAAGCUCAGCGUCUGAGCAGGCCGCCAACUUGAGCGUUCUAAGUCAUCCGCAACAGCAUCUGGUGAUGCCCGGCUCAAGACCUUCCUCCACAGGACAUCUCACGCCGACGCAAGGAGUGCUAGAUAAGUAUGAAGGAUAUCAGUACCGCUCGCAACUGGGUUCGAAUUCUAGACUAUGGAAUUUCGCCGACUUUAUAAUUUUCAAUACAGGUUCGGUUACACCCACCAAUGUGCCAUCGCCCGAUCUCCGCUUAACGCCCAAUCAGCAGGUGCAGCAACAGCAUCAACAACAACAACAAGCGCAACAACAGCAACUAAAUGACUAUGACGGACCGAAUCAGGCGCACAAGCGACCACGCAUCUCUGGCGGCUGGCCAACAUAGCCGGCGCGAGAGAUUGGAUGCCAUAGUAGCAAAA